GAUUUCCGAGGGUCAGUGAAGGCAGCAUUAGCUCAUGGUGUCCCUCGGAGCCUGGAGUCGUUUCCCUUCAGCUCCCGUUGUUUCUCCGUCUCCAUGAAACCUUCGCCUCACUAAGUCGUUAGUCGCCGUUUCACGUGAACGCGAAGGAAAAGCGCGAGCGUCGGGUUUCGAGCUGAGAAUGAUUCCGGUCAAGCUUCAUCCCGUUUUCCCCCUUUUCCUCUGGAUCGCUGCUGCGUGGUGUCUCGUGGAGCCCCCGACCAACCUGACCCUGCAAUGCCACAAUCUGCAAAACACCCUGGAGUGGAGCUACGGCCGAUUCUUGCCAGGGCUCAGAUUCAAAGUCGAUAUCCGUAAAAUUUUUGGCUCGCCCUCUGUGCUGUGGGUGGACCCUCCGGCUCUCUGGGCCAAUGUGUCAGCUUUCUCUGAUCCAACCAACGAGUAUCUUGUGUUCGUAACUGCCGUCCUUGGUCGGAAUGAGUCCGUCACUAGUAACAAACUCACUUACAGCUACUUCAUGGACUCUAUUUCAUCUCAGAAAUGUUCUGUGGACCUCCCACCAGUUGCCGUCACGUCACACCCAGACGACAAUGUCAUGUUCCACUUCACGCAUCCCUGGCUGUGGCACUACCCCGUGAAGCCCGACAACCCAGGUUCAAAACUGAGAAAGAAGAAAAGCCACGACAAACAACAGCUUCCUGAGUUUAAAUACGGCGUUGUGAUCGUCGGCCAGAAGGAUCCGCAUCAUUUCAACUGUGUGGAGAGUGUGUGUGAGCAGAAGUUCCUGGUGGGGGCGAAUCUGGAGAAGCACUGUCUGAACAUCACGGGAGAGCUGGAGAAAAUGACCGUUAAAUCCACGCAGUUGUACUGCGCCAUGCCGAUGGUAGAAACGCCUGGCAAGAACAAUAACAUUAUCUACAUCUUCGUCAGCGUGUUGGGCGUCUGUGUUCUCGCCUUUUUCCUCUUCUUGGUUUACAAAAAGAUGACCAGCCCAAAGACUGCGCAUCCAAAAUCUAUGUCAAUCGGCACAUUCACGCAGGGCACCACGCCACCAGAUCCGGAGCAGUUCUCUGACGUAACAGUGGAGCCGUCCUCUCCCACACCUCUACUGUCCAACGAGGAAGAGCCCGAGUUCACACCCGCUGCUGCCCGCACAGAGUCUCCUGUGCUACGGCUGCGCACCGGCGUCACAAACGCUGAAGAAGUGCUUGAUGAGGUGGGGAACCAGAGUGAUGAAGGACAGGGGUACAUGAGAGGCAGCAGCCUGGAUGAAGAUGAGCCACAGAACAACAGUGAGUCCGGCUACGAGAAGCGUGCCGUGUUGGUUAAGAUGGGGUCCGGCGAGCUGCUGCAGGCCUACCGUUCCUAAAAGCUGAUGCCGGUAACCUCCGGACAUGUUCAAUGGGAUGGUCAAAUGUGGCUCUUGCCUGUAAUCUGUAAUGAUCAGACAGUUUAGUACAGCUGAGAAAGCAACUCCCAGGGGAGUUAUGGUUACACAUUUCAGGAGGUUCCGUCUAUGUCCUCAUCAAAGGUGAAAAGGAACCGUCCUUUUGAAAAUCAGUAAAACAUUUCCUUUGUAUUUAGCCUCAGUAAUGUGACCGAUACCAGAUUUGGUAUCGGUCACACUGCUCAAAUAUUCGUGUUUCAGCUCUAAGCUCUUCAAAAACUGUGCCUGUCCAAUUGUACGAGUUAGUGAGGAAGCAUUGUAUUCAUUAUGGGAUGUGGGAGUUAGAUAAAUUAUGCAUUAAAGCCAGGGUUGGUAAUAACUCUUUGGAGGGAUGUUUAACUUUACUUCUCAAAUCUUAAUUUCCAACGCAGACUGAUGUUCUAGAUCUUUGUUACACAUAGUUUAUUCUGCCCACGUGGUGGAAUAAACAACCUGAGAAAACUUACUGAGCAGAAAGAAUAAGAGACAGGUUAUUGCACUAUGUUGGAACUGUUCCUACUGGAGCAGAGUCGCUGUCUGAAAGUGACCAGUUGGUCCAACGCUUUCACGUUAUGUGCCAUUGUCAUGUGACGCCCAAAAACCUGAUCAAUGAUGCGUCUGUUCUCACCACAAGUGAACAACGUUUACUUUAUAAUACUCCGAGGCUCUUUGACAUUAAAUCCAUUGAAUCAAUACAUUUUUUUUAAAGGUGAGACUUUGCAUCUAUUUCCUGUUGUGUUGCCAGGGCGAAAAGAAAAAAGCUUUUAAUUCAUGAAAUGACGUCAAUCAUUGGUUGAUAAUAAACCUGUUAAGAUACUGGGUCAGUGUAAAGUCACUAUAUCUCCUUUUAAGAUAAAACGGCAAACAAAAUCACCUUCAUUAACCGUUUCAUAACCAUGAUAUCAUACUGUAUCUAUUCACAUCUGUUGCAUGAGCACACGCAUUAACAUUUACCUCACUAGCAGAGUCUAAAUCCUGUUUUCCCUGUGGAAUGAUACAUCCUCUAAAUGUAUUUUCUGAUUUGCACGUCAUUGUUUUUUUUCUAUACGAUUCAGAUGCUUUUAUUUUCCUAGGAUUAAAAUGCACGUUAAAGUUCCAGUAUAAUGUUUUGUGCCUCUUUAAAUUCUGUUGUGUGACUGUGAAAUGAAAAUGAGAUAAAUGGGCAGGUCACAAAAGAAAUAUGAUGAAUUCUCCGACAGCAGAUUUGAUUGAUUUCUAAUACGGAGCUGUUGAGGUGUGUUAGGGUUAACAUGUCCAUGUCUGUCACCUGCUGCAUGAUCAGGAGAACAAGGGAAAAAUGUAUAAUUAGUUUGUAAAAAAUAUUCAAACAUUCAAAAUGUGUAUAGAAGCGCUUCAAAUAUUUCUACUUUUGAAUUUUCAUAGAUCUUAGAAAAUGUAUGUAUUUGUUUUUCCACAUUUUGUAAGACCUAAGUGAUGUUAUGUAACAUUACUCAGCUGUUUGGCUUCGUUCUUAUCUCAGUGAUUUAUACAUUUUUGUUUUUGUUUUGUAUUGUUUUGUGUUAAUGCUCAGUUCUGUGUAAACAUCACACUUACAAAUGAGGAUGUUCUCGCUGCCACUGAUAGUUUUUAUUACUUCAGCAAAGGAAGUUUUCUUUUCUUUGGCCUUUGUUUGUGAAAGGGUCGAACACGACCUGAGGAAGAAAAAGUCCUAUUUUGGUGUUGAUCCGGAUAAAUGCAUGGAAAUCCAUUUUUUCCUGAGUGAUAACGGGUGGAGCCUGACACGGCGCUGUGGAGAUAUAAUGGAGGUCUGGCUGUAUGAGACCCAGACUGAUGAUGCAGAGAUCAUCUGGCGCAGGAGUUCUUUAUUCUUCUUGUUGCUGAAGAUACAAGAAAUUAGUUUAGGGACGAUUUUAGCUUUCGAAUCAUUUCGAUCUGUUCGAUGAAUAAGAAUCUAAAACGUUACUGCCUCUUUAAACAUUUCAAGUUCCCUCUCACUGUAAAUGCAAAAUGUGGCUGAACCCACAACGGGUUUCAUUUUAAAUAAUGAUUAUGUUACAGGAAAUGUUAUGGGUUUUUUUGAGUGUGUGUAAAAUUUUUAGAUGAUUCUACUGAACAGUUUGAGUGAUUGUCUGUGUGAAACAAUGUUUGGCAAAAAGCAGGCAACCCAUUACAGUCAAACGCCUUUUUCUCCUGGAUUCUGUGACCUAAUUGUUUUAUUUUAUGUAUCUCAAGCUUCCAUCCUACUGUCAUUUUUAAUUUUAGUAGUACAUUACUUCAAUAAAAACAAAUUCUGUGUAAUUUC